AGUCAAUUGGGUUGAUUUUCCUAUGAAUGAGGCUUGCUGAUAUACAAUGAGGGAGAGUCACUAUCAAGCCCUCAUUGUAUGCCGAACAUAUACAAUGUCCUUCCUUGCUUGCGCUCAAGUAAAACAGCGACGCCCCUCCCCCCGGGCCAGCUCAAAAUAAAGAAUCCCAUCACUUCCCAACAACAAUCAAACACCCCUCUCCUCCAUCUCAGCAUCAUCCUCAGCCUCUUCUCCAGCCAUAUAAUCAAAGCCCGUGACAUGCCCACAAUUAUAACAAACGCCAUCUUUGAUCUUCGGGCUCAAGCACGCCUUGUUCAAACACUCGCUAUCCACAGCCACACCACAAGUCUCACAAACGCCCUCCCUAAUGCUCACAUGAGCACAAAAAUUCGGAUCCACCACCACUUGCGUAUCUGUGAAAUCAGAGCGUGCAUCGAGUCCAGCAGCAGCAGUCCGAGUCUGCUGCGAACCGCCACAGUUAACGCAGACGCCGUCCUCGUCGAACUGGCACACACCGUCUUUGAUAUCCGGAUGGAAGCAGAUGGUCGCGGGGUAUUGGUUCAGAACAUCGAGGGCUGGGUCGUCGACGGACUCGCCGCAGUCGUCGCAGUAGCCGUUCUUGAAGCUGCGGGACUCGCAGUACGGACAUUCCUGCUUGAUAACGCUGUGGGAUGGGGGGGAUGUGGGAGAUUCGCUCCUGUGAGCUGACUCUCUGAUCGG